CGGCGCGCGGCGACUGGCUGUCAUCAUGACAUGCACCGUCCGAAACGCAAAUCGCAAAUCUCGCAGUCCGUCCAGGCAUCACGGCCAGCGCGACACAACACGAGACGUUGGCCCUUGUGGCGGGCGAGGCGUCAAAGGCCCAUCGGCCAAGCCAGCCCGCAACAGGCAGCUCGACCAUGCUGGCGCCGGACCGAGUGCGACUCUGGGGAAGACGUCGCACCAGACGUCCCAGCGACCAGGUAAUCCGCGCUGCCGACGCGUUCUGGCCGCCUUGGACGUCCCAGUUGUGGGCAUCUCUUCCUCGCGCCGCUCCCAGAUGCAAGCCCGAUUUGCUGGGCGACGCGACGCUGGCGUGGAGGAUUUAUCGUCGUGUGGUGAGGAUGCGGGCGGGCAGUCGGCCUGCGGUGUUGACGCUUACAGAUGCCCUAUGGAUGCGUGCGUCGUGGGGGUAAUAUCGCGACCGUCGCACCACCAGGGGCCAAGGCAGAUGUCCUAUAUGGGCCCCGGGGUGCCCUUUGUGAGUCUGCGUAACGAUGGGCGUGGCAGACGAGGUUGAAAGAGAGUUGAAAAGGGU